GAGACCUAUAAUGAAGACAAAGCUCACCUCUUAUUUGUUUGUCUCUUAUUUAACUUUGCUAGUGUCUGGUACUCCUCGGUUCACUACAUGCCCCAGUUUAGUGUGUCUCUCUCAACCAGUUACCUAUGAGUGUAACAGUGGAGCAAGCACUCUUAUAUGGAGAGUGCUAAAUACUAAUGACAUUAUUGUUGGUGGAGUAUCUUAUACUGAAUUUGGAAAUGAUGUUGGUGAUACUGUUCCUAUUGCAGGUCGUCAGUUCAAUACUGUCUUGACUGUUGAUGGCUCGUCUCUUGUUUCUAAUAUAACAUUCACUCCUAUGUUAAAUAUCAAUAAUUAUAUUGUUCAGUGUGCAAAUGCUAUUGGGACUUUAAUGAACUGUUCUAUUGUAAUAGCAGAUAUUCCAAUGCCUUAUAUUGGUAGUUUUGCCUAUGGACCAGCUCCCUCUGAUUAUGUUAAUGUGGAUUGGCAUUUACGAAGUCUCAAUCCUUGUGUCUCUCAUUACAUUGUUAUGAGGACUAGUGCAACUGAUAGUGUUAAUUUUACAUCUACUGAUGUGGGUCUGAGUUUACCAAUACCUUCACUUAAUGACUCACUGUAUACUUUUACUGUAAUUGCUGUUGAUACUGGUGGUAGAUAUGGUCCUGAUCCAUAUAAUGUAAAUCUUACAUUAAUACUUAAUGUUCCUUUAUCUGUUGCUAAUCUGACAUUAACACAAACUGAUUAUCCUACUGAUAUUAACGAAACUGUUAACAUCACUGUAUCAUGGAAACCACCACUUUUAUCACCUCGUCCUCUUACAAAUGGAUAUUACAUUUAUUAUAAUGUUUCUGAUGUAUCUGAAACUGUUGCUGUAGAAUAUCGUGGUGAAGCUCGAAUUACUCUUUCAAGAACUCUAUCUGGUUUUAUAGUGGGAUCAGAAUAUACUGUUGGAGUAGCUGCUACUAAUAUAUUAGGAACUGGUCCUAUCACAUCAGCUACAAUAACUAUACUUGCUACAUCAGUACCUGAAAUAUCCUCAACUAGUACAAUUGAUUUUACUUCUUCUUUUACUUCAGACAUUAGUGCAACUCCUAGUAAUUAUUUCCCUUUUUCUUUUACUUCAGGCAUUAGUGCAAUUCCUAGUAUGUCUCCAUCAAGCAGUAUGUUUCCAUCAAGCAGUAUGUUUCCAUCAAACAGUCCUACUAAAACAACAUUACCAUUUAGUCCUGGUGCUAUUGCUGGUAUGGUAAUUGCCAUCGUUGGACUGGCACUGGCAGUUUUGGUUAUAAUAUUAGUGAUUGCUAUUGUAUGUUGUGUUAAGAAGAAAAAAAAAGACAAACCAGAUUCUUCUGUUGCUCAAGAAACAAUUGAAGGUUUUAAAUAUGCUGAUGUAGACUAUUCUACUAAAUCAUCUUCCUCUAAGAGACAAGCUCCUCCUAAACCAGCAAAAUCACAAUUUUCUACCAUCCGAAAAUCUAAAGCAUCUCGUAAUGCACCACCUCAAGAGGGUGCCCAGUAUGCUGAUCUUGAUCAUAGUUUUUUGUCAUCUGGUAGACCUAACCAGAGACCCAAGGACAUCAACCAAGUCACGUAUUCUCGUGUGAGACUUUAUGAUACACGCUGAGGAAGGGGAGAGUAACACUGAUACACAACAUGAAGACGAGGAACUACUCAUUACAAGUACACAUUGAGAAAAAUAUUUUUAAAAAAGUUUUUACAUCAUCAAAAGGUCAUAACUAAAAAACAAUGCAACAUUUUGAACAAUAAUUAUAAAAGAUUUUGAAUUAAAUAAUUGAAUUUAAAGUGACUAUAAUCAAACCACAUUAUAAUUAUAGAAAACAACUUGAGAAUGAGUGCAUUAAUUUCUCAAUGGUCCAUAAGCUGGAUUACCUGUUAGUGGAACAGAACUGGUGGCUCCUCCUUUAGUAGUAGUGAUCUCAUCAUACACAGCAACCAUAGAUAUUAGACUCUAAUAUCUAUGCAGCUGUAUGCAGCAACUGAAGCUGUUGCUCCUCCUUCAUCUUGUUUGAACCUGUUCAACUGGUUUAUUGGAUCUGCUCCUAGCACACAGCAAUGUCAGUAUUAGUGUCAGUAUUAUAGCUGUCAGUAUAAAGUAAUGUCACUGUUUCAGUAACUAACUGCAAUAGGUACAGUAGU